AUGCACCAGCACUAUACUGUCCACUUUGCCAAGGGCACCCUGCCCCCCCCGAACCCCACCGACAGCGACUUCUUGGACCCAGAGUUGGGGCACCAAAAAGGAUGCUGUCAGCAGUGGUGCCACGACCCAGCGGCCCCUCCGGCCCACAGGCCCUGUCAGCUGUCCCCCCAGGUGCGGUGGCAGCUCGCCUACCGCAGCCACCAGGGGGGCGUCGGGGGCUAUUGCUGGGGCCCCCAGCCCCCUGUCCUGCAGCAGCAGCGGCGGCCCCCGCCCGCACCUCCCAGCCCCCUGCGGCAGCGUCUCUGCCCGGUUCCCGGUGCCCAGAAGGGAUCACCUACCACCACCACGGCCCCCCUGGGACCGGCCUGCGCCCCCCAGCUGCCCCCGGCACCCGCCAUGGCCAGCAGCGGCCCAGCCCUGCCCUCCGCAGCCAGCAUCCUCCCGGAGCCCCGCAGGCCCUCUGACGCCGGGCCCCUGCCGCCCCCCGCAGCCUGCGGCCCCUUCACCUCCUACAGCUCCGAUAUCCUGACAGAGGACGAUGUCUACUGCAGCUGCCUGGCCAAGACCCUCUGCCACGUGCCCGUGCCCGUGACCGUGGGCUUCUACGCCCCCUUUGGCUGCCGCCUGCACCUGAUGCUGGACAAGAUCACGGCGCUGAUGGAGCAGGAGGCGAGGCAGCUGGAGGCCGAGUUCCUGCAGCGCGUGCAGUGGCGGCCGCGGUCCGCGAGCGGCUGGGGCUUGCCGCGGCUGCUGUGGUACCUGGUGUUCCUGCAGCCGCUCAUCACCGAGGUGCACCUGCGGCGCAAGAACGUCAAGUUCCUCUUCAUCCGCUUCAGCGCCUGGCAGUACGAGGGCUCCGACAAGCUGUGGGCCGGCCUGGUGACCACGCUGUGCGAGGGCAUCCGCCACCACUACGGCCCGCUGCCCUUCAGCGUGUACUCGGUGCUGGGCAACAAGCCGGCCACCACGCAGGGCUUCGGCCAGCGCGAAUGGCACUGCCGGCGCCGCGUGUGCCUGGCGCUGGUGGCCCUGCUGGCGGCGCUGGGCCUGGGCGUGGCCCUGCUCUACCUGUCCCUGGGCUCCCACGCGCUGAGCCACAGUGGCGCGCACAGCAGCGCGAUGCGCGUGUUCGGCGGCGCGGCCACCACGCUCUCGGGCUCGGGCCUGCUCAUGGCCGUGUACUCGGUGGGCAAGCACCUGUUCGUGAGCCAGCGCAAGAAGAUCGAGCGGCUCGUGUCGCAGGAGAAGUUCGGCAGCCAGCUGGGCUUCAUGUGCGAGGUGAAGAAGGAGGUGGAGCUGCUCACCGACUUCCUGUGCUUCCUGGAGAUCUACCAGCGGUGCCGGCUGCGCAUCGUGCUCGAGGUCACGGGGUUGGACACGUGCUACUCGGACCACGUGGUGGGCGUGCUCAACGCCAUCAACACGCUGCUGUCGGACAGCCACGCGCCCUUCAUCUUCAUCCUGGUGGUGGACCCCAGCAUUCUGGCCGCGUGCCUCGAAAGCGCUGGCUCCAUGAAGGGCACGGCCGACAACGGCUACCUCUUCCUCAAUCGCACCGUCACGCUGCCCUUCUCCGUGCCCAUCAUGGGCCACCGCACGAAGCUGCAGUUCCUGCACGACGUCGUGCAGAGCCGCGACGACCUGCUGUACCGGGAGAUGACGCGCCAGCUGCGGCCGCUGAGCCCGGGCGGCGACGAGGGCGCGCAGCUGCUGGCCGUGGAGAUGCAGGCGGGGGCCGAGCGCACGCAGAGCCUCAUCGACGCGGAGGCGGCGCGCCGCAUCCAGGAGGCGCUCUUCUGCCUGCACGACGAGCGCGACUGCCUCUACGAGUACGUGCCCGACAACCUGGUGUUCAUGCGGCGCAUCGUCAACACCGUGCCCAUCACCUUGCGCCUGCUGCAGCAGCAGCAGCAGCGGGACUUCGUGGGCCCCACGCCGCGCCAGGCCGUGGCCUGGGUCGUGCUCGCCAACCAGUGGCCCUGCCGCCUCAGCUGGGCGCUGCAGUGCCUGGAGGACCGGCAGCAGGUCGGGGGCGCGCCCGAGGCCCGCGCGCGCCUCUGGGACGUGUUCUGCGACAACAGCCGGGAGCUGCACUCCCUGACCAAGGAGCUGCAUAACGUGCUGGACCUGGACGGCGACCCCGAGCUCUUCCAGCGCUUCCUGAGCGCCGACUUCCCCUUCACCGUGGCCGAGGCGCAGAACCUGCUGCGCUGCACCGUCAACCUGGACCAUUCCAUCCGCCGCCGCAUGGGCCUUCUCCGGGCGGUCAGAGCGCUCAAGCCGCCCAGCCCGCCCAAGUCCCCAGCCGGCGACGCCCCCCACGCUGCUAACGGAGCCAACCACAGCCCUUCGGCGGCCGGCACCGCCAACAGAGCCAGCCACGACCCCCGGGCGGCCCGCGCUGUCACCAGAGCCAACCAGGCCGGCGAGGACCCCCACCCCCGCAUGACGCAAAGGAAUAAGCCCAGACCCGUGGCUUGA